AUGGGCAUGGGCAUGGGCAUGGGACGUGGCAACACUUUUCGUUGCUAUGCCAUAUGCCGCAAAGUGUUGCACGCGGCGUAUGCUUUCGUCAACUUAAUCAAAACGGCGGCCCAGUUGGCGCUGACGCUGACGUCGGCGCCGGCGCUGGCAAAACGAGCUGGUGACAAAUCUGCAACUGCAGCGACAGCGGCUGCGGCAGUGGCAGCGGCAGCCGUGCCCAUUGUGUUGCACCGCCUGCCACGGCAUCUGCAUGUGGGCGUCGUUUUGCGGACGCCGAUUUUGAAUUUGAUUUUUGGGCCUGCCUCAUGUGUUCCGUGGCGAUGCUUGAGAUUUAUCUGGCCUAAACUAUGCGCCGAGCCAACAGCAACAAUGACAACAUUUCGGAGUCGCCUGUUGACGCGUGGAUUUAAUGUGCCAAAUGCGAACUGCGAGCACCGAGCUGCGAGCUGCGAGCGGCUGUUCGCUCAGCCUGUUAACGGAUUAGAGCCUGGGUGGGUCUCCAUCUGGCACCAUAAACCAUUUCUUGACACGCCCGUCAAAUUGAGUUGUCACCCAUAAGAAACAGCUCUCAGUUCUCUGUUCUCUGUUCUCGGUUGUCUCUUGCUCAUGUUCUAGGGAUUAGCGAUAAGGGAAUCAUUCCAGACCCAGACAACAGUUCAUAAACUCUGCAUUAUUUAUCAUAAAUUUCCAGUCUAUGUGCGUCAGCAGACGGA